AUGGAUAAACGCGUUUCAGAUGCUGCUACGUUAUUGGUGCAAAACUGUUUUAACGCCCUCGCUGGCAUGAAUCCUAAGGAACAGCAAAAACCUGAUGAUCAGUUAGUUAAAGUAAAUCAGAUCGUUCUCACGGAUAUGCUAUUCGAAAUGAAACAGAUGCUCAUCAGAUCAGAUGUCUGUGCAGCUGCGCGAAACGCCGUCAUUGGACUUUUGAUGAAAAACCUGAUCCACAUGGACAACGGACUUCCGCGGGGCUGGUCAUGGCGUUUCGUAGAAGACGACGGCCUUUUGAACCUGCUUAAAGUGGCUUGCAACAUUCCCGAACAGUACUGUCUUCCAGUUACCAAGGAAACACCGGAGCAUUUAGCGGUGUGUCUCGCAAGACUUUACGACGACAUGAUGUUUGAUAAAUAUCGAUCGAUAUACAAGGAAAUAACCGGCAGUUUUUUACAAUUAAGGGUGGCACUAGUUUUACUUAAUUAUGACGGCCUAGCCCCUUUGCAGGUCGAGGUCCACAAUGCGACCUUUGAGCACCUGAGCGUUGCUCUGGAUGCCAUUGUUCAAACGUUGAGCAAACGCGAUCGUUGCUCAGAAAUGAUUCGUCACGGUGUACCUGUUUUAAGGAAGCUCUAUGAUUCUUCAGACGACCUCAUCAAAGUCAAAGCUUUAGUGGGCUUGUGCAAAUGUGCUUCCUGUAGCGGAACUGAUGUUAGCAUGAGACCAUUUGGGGAGGAGUCACUGCUGAUGCUUGCCAAAGUGUGCAGGAAGUUUCUACUCAACGAAAAGCGCAAUCUCGAGGUUAGAAGAUAUGCAGCUGAGGCGUUAUCAUACCUCACGCUAGAUGCUGACGUCAAGGAGUACGUUGUCAGUGACGAUCCAUUGAUUCUUUCACUGAUCGAUCUUGCAAAGAGCAUAGGCGAGUUGUGUAUGUUCAGCGUUAGCACGAUUCUUGUCAACCUAACAAAUGCUUACGAUAAGAAGCAGGCCGAACCAGAGCUGAUCAAGCUGGCCAAAUUCUCCAAGCAUCACGUUCCAGAAAGGCACCCAAAAGAUGCUGAGGAGUUCGUCGAUCGUCGCAUUGAUAUUCUGGUCAAAGAAGGCGCCGCGUCGGCAUGCGUUGCUCUUUCAAAUACUACCAGUCCUUCUUGUCGUGAACUUCUAGCUCGUGCUCUGUUUGCACUGUGUCAAAAAGAGGCUCAUCGCGGUGUUGUUGUGCAGGAAGGCGGCGGAAAGGUGUUGGUGAAACUGGCUACAGAUAAUACGCAACCAGGCAGGUUGCAUGCUGCGCAGGCGAUUGCGAAAAUUUCCAUUACCAUAAAUCCAGAAAUCGCAUUUCCGGGUCAACGCUGCCACGAAAUCAUUCGACCUCUGGGUACCUUGCUCCUGCUGGAAAAUACCGCUCUGCAAAACUACGAAUCCCUUUUGGCUUUGACAAACUUAGCGUCCUUGUCGGAAUCAAUUAGGUUGAAGAUCUAUAAAGAAAAGCUUUUACCCCUUAUUGAAGAGUACUGGUAUAUGCAAGAUCAACCUGAACUACGGGCAGCAGCUGCUGAACUUUAUUUGAAUCUGCUGUACUGCAAGGAGGUAUCAGCUGUUGGGUUUUUUUUUCAAAUUCAUAUUCACAUUACUUGUAACAGUACUUCUCUGUCAGAGUUGCGUUCAUACCUCAGUCGUAUCUCUUCGUCGAUAUCACGUGCUUUUAUUAGCAUUUCAAAAUUCCGGAACGACAUUUACUUUUCAUUUGUGUUACUUUUGGAACUAUAUUUACUAGUGAUGGAAAGUUGGAGGAAGAGAUCGACCGGCGAAUUGGUGUAG